GCUGUUUGUUUGUUAGCUGUUGUUUGAAAGAUCUGUUCUUGAGCUGAAAGUAGUUGAGUAAUGAGGGAACAAAUGAAAUUUUUUGUGAUUAUUGUUUGUUAUGUAGUGAUUUAAUCAGUGAAAUGGUACUACAGUAUUAGUUAAACAAUGUGUCUAUAAUCAACAUACAGUCUCAUACUUAUAUGGUUUUUAUAAUUUUGUGUGAAAAGGGGAAAAACAAAGUGUUACCAACAAAAUAAAGGGUGUAGUCAUUAAGAUGCCAUUGAUUAGCGAAGUGAUUAAAGAGUUGAUCAAUAACACAACUAGUGAUCAACUGGAUUUUACCGAUGUCAGCAGAUUGUAUACAGAUUCGGUUGUAAUUGCUUCAAACAUUGACAGUGGCAGAUCAGUUGAUCAUUUGGUAAAAUUGGGUAUUAAAACCAAAACUUGGUGUUGGGUUUUACAAGGUAUAAUAAAAAGAUGGACUGUAAGAGAAGAAGAAAUAAAGCUACUAACACCACAAGUGGAAACAAUACUUCAAGUGAUUAAACGAUUGACAGAAACUUUUAAGCCUAGCACCUUGGUUCUAAGUGUUAAUAUUUCUAAGCCGGAUGCUCCGGGUCUGAUUGGUACAACUACUUCUGCUAGUGUUUCCGGGUCAUCAAUGAAUGAAGACCAAGUAAUGCGGGAGGAAAGCAGUGAGAUGUCCUCUAGUAACAACAACAACAACAAUAAUAAUGAUAAUAACCUUAACAACAGUAACGAAUCUGUUAUUGGUGAUGAAAACAAAGUAUUAAGAAAGAAAAGGCCACCAACCCCACCAAAAAAACCCAAAAUCAAUCGAAGUGCUCUACCAGGUUAUCCAUUUCAAACUGGGUUCAAUUCACAUCCUACUGGCUCAACAUCAUCCUCAUCUUCUACCUCAUCAUCAAGAAAUCCAUUAUCCUUUACCAGUGGAGUCGAGCUAAGAUCCGAACCUGUAAGACCAAGAGGAUCAUAUCAGCUGCAACAUCAAAGUCGUUCUACUGACUCUUAUGGCUCUAUCAAUAAGCCUUCCAUGAUUGAAAGUAUGAGUGAAAUGAGGAUAUCAACAAGUGAAAAGAGUUAUGAUCCACCAUCCGAUAAUAUUAGUGUUCGAAGUUUUCCUUUCUCAAGUCGAGACUCUCUUAAUCGUGUUGGUCGUUCAAGUCAAAACCAGAGUCCGACCUCAACUUAUUCAAGAGGAAGAGAUUUUUUUGGUGGUAGCAAUAGUAGUAACAUAUCCAACAGUGCCACUGGUAAUAAUUUCAUCAGUGCAAACAGCGGCAAUAACAGUGAAUAUAACCAAUGUAUUAUUUCCAAACCAGGCCAAAUCGUCCAUAUUAGUGAUAAAGCUAUUAAAGACAGUAGAGAAGAAAAUUUAUCUUCUCUCGGAACAAGUCAUGGUUCAUUAGAACGUCACGACAGUGAAAGUGCAUCUGAUUCUGGAGCUAAAAGUGAAGUGUUUAGUGGUGUUUGCUCUCGUGAGGGCAAGAAUCAAAUGGUAACUAGGGAUAUAAUCAGUGUUGAAUACAAUAACCACAGAACUGACAACCCUGAUGAUGAUGGUGUUGGUGAAAUUGAAGACGAUGAGCCUGAAGAAGAGGAGGAGGGGGAGGACGAUGAUGAUGAUGUUGAUGAAAAUAACAUCGAGAAAGUUACUAAAAGCCAAACAAUAUUAUUUGCGCCUAAUUUGGGAUAUGACGAUGAAUUAUAUGACGAGCCACCAAAAUCAGAUGGUAAACCAGAAGAUAAUUUAGACGAGGAAGAUCUAGCAGAUGAACCUGAAGAGGAAGAAGAUUACGAGAAAGAAGAAAGAGUUAUUGAAACUGAAGAUGAAGAAGAGGCCAUUUAUGAUACUGUUGCCCCUGAUGAGGCAUCAGUUGAUGAUAACUAUUCCAAUGAUUAUGAUUAUGAAGUUGAAUCCACCACUCAUUCAGAUUAUCACCUUGAUCGAGAUUCAUCCAUGACCAAUUUAAACAACCUUAAAUCUUAUGGUGAAGCCCAUUCAUUUUCAAAUUAUGUGAAUAUUGAUUACUUCUUAAGAAGAGAGGAAACCUCAUCUAAAAAUGACUCGGAUGAUAAUGAAACUCAAAUGUCACGUUCAAUGUCCAGUGAUCAUGAUAUUGAUAUUGACGAUUCUCUGCCAAGUGUACCUGCUGUUGGCUUAGGCAUCAGUACCCUUAGCAGUAUUGGUGGUAGUGUUGGCGCUUUAAAUGUAGAAAGAAGUUCAACUUUAAGAUCAAGUCAAACAACAUAUGAUGAAGUUUUUGAGCCAACUGGUGAUAGUGAACCAGAAAACUAUUACGGUAUCAGUGAUACGGAGCAUAACAAUACUUUGGAUUCUCAAGAGUCAGAGGCCGGCCUACAAGAUAGCUUGGAUUAUGAUGAAGAAGAAGCCAAAGCCGAAUCUGAACGCUCCUCCAUGUAUAAAUGUAUUUUAUUUAGUAUAGUUGAUAGUGAAACUGUUUACGUCGAUUGUCUCAAUACAUUAUUGCAGUAUAAAAAAGCGCUCAAGUCUACAACUGAAAGUGCUCAUCCUCUUGUUUCAUCGACCGAUUUAGAAGCAAUAUUUCACAAAAUUAAUGAUUUAUACACUAUACAUAGUAACUUUUUAGAUGGUGUCAAAAAAUUAGUUGCACAACUGAAACAACACCAGCAAUCCUUGCAAUCUCAACAAUCUUCACAAUCAAUGAGCUCAAAUUUACCAACACUUGGUGAUCUUUUCAAAAUAUUGGCUAGUCGAUUAGGAGCAUACAGUGCAUAUCUUAAAAAUUACUCAAAGGCUCUGGAAACGGUUCAAAGAUGUAUUGCCGCUAACAACCAAUUUGCAGAGAUUACUCGGGCUAUAAAACUAAGUUCAAUGAAAGGUCAAUCAACAACUCUUGAAGAGCUUCUUCACAAACCUGUGGCGCGAGUUCAAAAAAAUGCUCUCAUUUUGCAUGAUCUUUUAAAAUAUACACCAGAGAAUAGCCAAGAAUACAAAUCUCUCAAGACAGCUUUGAAAAUGACUCAAUGUUUCCUCAACGAGCUUAAUAUUGCGGCAACGGAGCAAAUGUUUCCGGUUCAAGACAAAGCACAACGUCGUUUGGUUAAGGAAAGUUUUAUUAUUGAAGCGCCGGAAGGCAGAAGAAAACUUCGUCAUUUAUUCCUAUUCAAUGAUACAAUUGUAUGCGCCAAAUACAAACCAUCUACAAGACAAAAAUUUACGUUUGAUGUCAAAUGGUAUGCACUUCUUUGUGAUAUUACACUUCCAGAUACUGAAGAUAUAACCACAAUUGGAAUCAAGGAAAAAGAACUGAGCUCCGAGAUAAGAAAUUUACGGUCCAAAGUGAGCAGUAUUCGUGAUGCUAUCAUAAAAGAGAAAAGUAAAAACAACAGUAAAUUAUUAGAAAAAUUGAAGAAGAAACAAGCUGAUCAUGAAGGACAAUUGGUGUUGAUUUUACCUCAGCUUCCAUUUGUAAUAACUCAUAAAAGUGGAAAAAAUUAUACUUUCUACUUAUCGUCUGAAUUUGAGCGAACUCAAUGGAUAGAAUCGAUACGAGUUUUACAACAAUCAGCCGGAUCAUCUCAUGAUACAGUCAAUUUUAGCGAGCUUCAAGCUUGGAUCGAAACAUGUCGUAAAGGCUUAAAUCCAAGUUUAGGAUCUUUCCUCAUGAGGUCUAGUAAAGAUGAAGAUUUACUUCAUGGUGAUCUUUAUCUUACCAUUGGAAUUUUAUACGGGAUUCCUCAGGCAACAGAAUUGUUUAUCGUUGUUGAGCUUGAUAAUUACGGCCAUUUUUUUCAAAAAGCCAAUACCAAAGUCAUUCGAGGUUCCCAUGAGUUACAUUUCAACCAGGACUUUACUCUUGAUCUUGAUGGUUCAUCAACACUUCGCUGUAUACUCUAUGAAGAAGUACCAAGUCAAACAAAACCCUUGUUAAGAGGCAAAGUUACCCUUGAAUUGGGUAGAUCAUGGUUGAAAGAUAAAUACACAACCAAGGAGUUAAUAUUUUCAGACUGUAAAUUAUCCAUAAACCUGAAAUUCAUAUCCUCAGAAGUAAGCACAAUGAGAUUCCCUGCCGGUAAAGUUUACGGAGCAUUUGGUGUACCAAUAAGCCAAGUUACAAAAAAAGAGAAAAGCUCAAUUCCAUAUUUGAUCGUUGGAUGUGUCAAAGAAGUCGAAAGACGUGGUGUUAAAGAGGUUGGAAUAUAUCGAGUUUCCGGAUUAUCUUCAGAUAUUCAGCGAUUAAAACGGGCUUUUGAAUCUAAUCCCUAUGAAGCUGAACAUCUCCUCAAGGAAAUCGAUAUCAAUGCCAUUACGGGUCUCUUAAAAAUGUAUCUUCGUGAACUUCCCGAAGCUCUAUUUACCAAUAGUUUGUACAAAAAAUUCUUUGACGCUUUCAGUCUAACCAGUAAUGAAGAAAGGAGGAAGCGUUUAACGGAUCUUUACACUCAAUUACCUCCGGUCAAUCAAAACACAAUUAAUUUUCUAAUCGAUCAUUUUGUAAAUGUCAACAAGUAUGAAAAUUUAAACAAGAUGUCUUUACAUAAUCUGGCAACAGUUUUUGGACCAACUUUAAUCAGACCUGGGUCAUCAACAGCGGCAAUCAAUAAUGCUGAUACAUUCACUGCUGGUACAAUCGAUGUUAUGGCUCAAGCAGGAAUUUUGUAUUUCUUUUUGAAGAAGCGAGUUACUGAAUAUGACACAGGAACUCUUUAGGACUAAAUUAAUUGAUCAAAAUUUACCAUAUUUAUAUAUUGAAUUUUGAUAAGAGAGACAAACAAAUUUCCUAUUUCUUAAAUGACGACAAAUAUCUAAUUUUUCAACAAAAUAUAUCUUCACCUUUGCCAUUCUCCAUGUAAACAUAUGUUCUAUUCAUAUUUUUACAUGAUUAAUCCUGAAAUCUAACGUUCCUUUUUCUGUUAUUUACCCACUUUCUGUUUGAUUCUUGACCAUCUUUGUAAUCCUUUCCUCUUCAAGCCUUUUUGUCAUCUUCAUCUUAUUUUAUACUAUGCUUUGGAUGACAAAAAAAUCAAAGCAUGACAAUCGUUCCACAAGAAUUAUAGCGAAAAUUUAUAUUGAAAUUUUUUCAUCCUAUUCUCGUAUAUUUAAAAAAAUAAAACCAAAAACAUAAAUCAAUGACAAAUACACAAAAAUAUUAGACAAUAAAAUCUUAUUUUAUAAAUAAACUAAAUCAUUUAAUUUAUAAAUGAAUCAAUAA